UCUUAAUAAUUUGGAAAAGAAAUCUCAAUUUAGAAAAUCAAUUUGAUUUACCCUCUCUUAACGUCAGUUAGAUAAAAAUGCAAAAAGGAUACCUGGAUAUUCCUAUUUAAACCAGCCCGCAUUUCUGUUUCGUUAGUUGAGAUUCACGUCGAUAGAGUAAAGUUUUGUGUUUUGGUGACUUCUUAAUUUUUUAAUCAAUAAAACAUCACUGUCACAAUGAUAUUCCCUGUGGUGUACAUGUUCCUCUCAAUAAAUAUUAUUUCAAGUACAGGUCUAAAGAUUGACAUGAACAGAGAAUAUUUUUACCAUGGCAGGGAUUUAUUUUGUGCACAACUCCAGUGUACAGAAAACAUAAGAGAAGACACUCAGAUAUCAGCUCUUGUCAACAUGUCAGUCUAUAGGAUCAGUGAACCCGAGGGGCAGAUUUUGGUGGCGUCUUUUUCAGAAUCAGAUUCAAAGCUUCAAGAUUAUAAAAUGACUGGAACAAGAGUAGAUGGGAAAAUAUCGAAAACAUUUUCAGAAUUGGAAGUUUUUUUAGCAAAUAGUUCAGACUGCAAUGAUGGCAUUUUCCUAUGUGAAAUACAUUAUGUAAAUACAACAGGAUCUAUUGAUAGAAUUGAGAAACAUACGGAGAGUUUUCCAAGAAAAUCAAGUGCCACAUUUCUAAUGAUGAAUUUGAAAGCUAAAACUUCUAACUAUGUUAAAUCUGUUGACACCAUGGCUGAUUUUCUCAAAUCUUUUGAAGACCCAGGCAGACUGAAAGGUGCAGACAUGACAAUGUCAUUACAGAUGUCACAUUUUGGUGGCGAUAAGUUCAGCACAGAUAAAAGUUUUGGUCAAACAGAUGCAGAUUUAAGUAACAGUUAUAAACAGAUCAGUUCUUCUACACUCGAGGACAUGAUGGGUGAUAGGAUAAGGAAUUUAACUCUUGAUGUGAACAAAACAUUACAGAUGAUGAGUUUGAAGACAGAGUUAAAUAAAAAUAGUUUGGCUAAUUUAAACGAAUCAAUGCAAACAAUGUUAGCCAACACCCAGAACCAAACAGAACAAAUUAUUAUAAGAUUCAAUGAGCUGGAAACGAAAAUAGAGAAAACUAUCACACAAGAGAAUAUCAAUACAACAUUAAAUUUGGUAGCCGGUCUCAACAAAACUCUACAAGAAUUGCAAGACCAGUACAACCGCGAAGCAUUGUUUACAAAACAGUGUGUUAGGAACGAAAAAUUAAGUCUACCAGAACAAAUGAUAGUCCAACUAAAUGAAAACAAACUUGCCUUGUGUGAUACCAAAACAGACGGUGGUGGGUGGAUUGUUAUACAGAGACGUGUAAAAGGUGACGUAGAUUUCAUUAGAAACUGGAGCGACUACAAAAAUGGUUUUGGAUCUUUGAAUGGAGAUUAUUGGCUGGGAAAUGACUGGAUCUCAAACCUAACACAAAACGGCUACAGUGAACUGAGGUUUGACAUGAAAUAUAAAGGUACAUCCUACUACAUGGUGUACAGUAAUGUGACGGUGGGAAGUGAAGCAGAAAUGUAUAGGAUAAAGUUUACGUUCAAGUCUGGCAACGCUACAGACAACUUUACUUGGCACAACGGAAUGGCUUUUUCUACUGUAGAUAAAGACAAUGAUGGAUAUUCUGGAAACUGUGCUGAAAAUUUAAAGAGCGGCUGGUGGUAUAACGCAUGUCAUUAUGUGAACGUAAACGGUGUAUGGGCGAGUAAAACUCCUGGUAAAGGCAUUAACUGGAAAAGUAUAACAGACAACACAGACUCUCUGGAACAAGUUGUGAUCAAACUUCGACGGCCGUGA